AUGAAAAUAGAAAAAGUUAGACCGAAUUCUAAUCCAGUUUUUAACUCUAUAACUCCAAUUGUGAGUAAUCCAAAGGAUGAAUUGAUAGUUACCAAAUAAAAAAGAGAUGCAAUUAUAAAUAGACUUUAUGAAAUUAACUAGGAUAAUCACGAUCCUAUUGAUUUUAAGAAUAUUCAAAAGAUACACGAAAAUCAUAAAAAAACUUUAAAGAGAUAAAGAUCAUUGCCAAAUAAAAUCGUUCAAGAUUAAGAUGGCCAAGCAGACUUGAAAUAUCCUAUAGAUAGAUCACUUUUUGGAUUUAAAGAAACUAUUUACUUUUAAAUACCUUCUUCACUAUCACUAAUAGGCAGCUAUAAAUGUUUUAUAUACUUUGGUGGAUUUUUGUGGUUUUAUUUUCUAUUAUUCGGAAUAGUAACCUUAGGAUUAGCUUUAAGCAAUACUCAGGUGAGUUUGAGAUAUGAUAACCAUCCUAAAUGUAUUAAUGCAUAAAAUCAGUAGUGUACAAUCGAUUUCGAAGUAUUAGAUUAUCUUAAAGCUCCUGUCCACAUUUAUUAUUCACUUGGAACAUUUUAUUAAAAUCAUUUCUAAUACUAAGAUAGUAUAGUUUAUGAGUAGCUUAGAGGAGAAAAUGUUGAAACUUCAAUUCUUAAAGAAAAGUGUCAUGGGGCUCUUUAUAACUAAGAUAUGUUCCCAUCUGGAGAGACUCCCACUUCUUUUGGUGCUAACAUUUUGGAUCCAUAAGCAAUAGCUUUUCCAUGUGGUAUGGCAUCCAAGUAUGUUUUCAACGAUUAUUUUGAUGUUUAUAGCUUGGAUAAUAAUAGUCCUCCAGAUUAAACUCCUAUAGAAAUAGAUAGAAAGGGUAUAGCUUUAAAAGUAGAUAUCGAAGAUAAAUUCUAAAGAAUCCCGUAUGCUGAUAGAGUAUGUGUGAGGGACGUAUAAUAAGAGAGCUUCAUGAAUUGGAUAAAUACUCCAACUCUUCCAGUCUGGAAAAAACUUUAUGGAACAAUUUUAACCAAUAUGGUAGCAGGAAAGUAUAGAUUAGUAGUAACCAACAAUUUUGAUAGCAACUUGGGAACAGGGAAAACACUAUAUUUUUAAACAGCCAACUCAGUAGGCGGCAAAAACGUUGGAUUUGGGAUAGUUUUGAUUAUUACAUCUGUAGUAUUCUUGAUUGGAACAGUUUAUUUAAUUUUCCACAGUAGAAGAAACAAAGUACAAUAAGAAUUUGAUCCAAGAGAUUUAAGCUGGAAUUGA